GGCCGGUCUAGACUGGCGCGAGGCCGCGUCAGUUCAGUGUCGGCCGCGGAGCCCUGCCGCCCGGUCCCAUGUCACGCGCUGUCGUGCUCUCGUGCUUGUUGCUGGUACACCAUGCGGCCUCUCUCAACAUCCUCGCCAUCAUUUCCAUGCCACUGCGGAGCCACUACAUGGCCUUCAAACCUCUAUUCCGGGAGCUAGCAACAAGAGGACACAACGUCACCGUCAUGAACAACUUCCCUGAUGAAGAACCUUUACAAAAUCUCACAUUUUUCAACUUGCACAACUCAAAUCUAGCACGAUUACCCCCAUUAAGAGACCAAGAAGACUCAUCCUCUGCAUUGUGGUAUUUACAAAAUUACAUUAAACACACAUUUAAGGGAAAAAAAUUUAUUGGCACGGACUGCGAGAAUCUGUUCACAAAAACUAAUGCGCAUCGCGCUGAUGAAGUUAAUUACGACGUCAUAUUUGUUGAACAGUUUUUGUCAGACUGUGGACUGGCAUACGCAGCGGCUUUCUAUGAUGCCCCUAUAAUAGGGAUCACGUCUCACGUAAUGCUGCCUUGGGCUUAUCCAAGACUGGGUAUACCUUUCGACGUCUCUGCUGAUCCAUUUUACUUUACAGUGAAAAAGUUUGAGAAGUCCUUAUUUCAGAAGGUGGAAGAUAGUGUGUUACACUUUUGGUUUACAACGAUAGGGCGAUGGUGGCUGCAGACAGGAUUGUACGCAGAAUUGGCGCCACAUCUACUGAGAGCAGUGGACUUAGAACAGGCAGCCAGAGACCGGAUGCGGAUGAUGUUCGUGUAUCAGCAUCAUUCGCUGACGGGCGCGAGGUUGACGGCGCCGCAGGUUUUGGAUAUCGGUGGCAUUCAUAUUGGAGAUGUUACAGCGGUUCCUAAGGAUAUUGAAGACUUUCUCUCCACAGCAGAUCAUGGGGCCAUCUACUUCAGUUUCGGCUCUAAUUUGCAAUUGAGUAGUAUGACGCCAAAAAAGAUGAGAGUGUUUCUGGACGCUUUCAAUAGACUGCCUCAGAAAGUGCUGUGGAAAUGGGAGAAUGACACAUUCCCCGCUGGUUUCGAGGGGAAAAUAUACCCAAAGAGGUGGUUUCCACAGUUGGAUGUUCUCUGUCACCCAAAGGUGAUAGCAUUUGUCUCCCACGGCGGCAUGCUGAGUCUUUCCGAAGCGGCUCACUGCGGCACGCCGGUGCUGGCCAUGCCUUUCUUCGGGGAUCAGUUCUCCAACGCUGGGCUCGUGGUCUCCUCUGGUCUUGGGAAUAUGCUCAUGUUUGACAGUUUCAAUGAUGUGGACUUAGCUAAUGCGGUCAGGGAAUUAACGUCUUUAAAGGUACAACAAAAUGCAAAGCGAAUCUCCAAAUUAUGGCACGACCGCCCACAGAAUGUCAUGGACAGCGCUAUCUAUUGGACAGAGGUAGAAUGUAACCUGGAAUAAUGCAGGAUACUUUCGAAGCGAAGUCCCGGGACGCAACUAGUACUAUCUAAAUAGGAACGAGUGACUUCACAUAGUACAAGUGCAUAGAUAACAGUGGCCUUAACCCAUUAAAUGUUAGCAGUAAAUAAGAUUCCCACGCGGCGAUUUAUGAAUAAGGCUACGUUCACAACGGCGAAGUAAUUUUGCCAGCGGCUUUCCACUUGGCAAGUCCAGUCGGACGAUAUAGAUGAAGGCUAAAGAUAAGCGAUGUAUGUAGGAUAAGUUAGACUGCCAAUUUCCCAUGAAUUUAUGGUCGUUUUAACUUAGAGAAGAAUGCCUCAUUCUUCUCUAUUUAACGAUAAAAGACAUAAAACAAGUUCUUUAUUUAUCCUAUACGACCGAUCAGUUGAUCGGACUUCGUACAGAAAGUCGAAAAAUAUAAUUAUACAAUAGUUUUUAGGCUGUUCUUGCAUUCCAUGUACCUA